GUACAUCAGGUUCGCCAUCUUGAUUCUUCAGUUGCGUCGCAGUGGUGGUACGGUGUAGUGAGUGUGUCUUCAUUAUAACGAAUCCGAGGUAAUUAAUAACUUUUCUGCAUUGAAAGACUAAUAUAUCAACAAGGUCCACAAGGCCUUUUACUUAAGAUUGUGAUAUAUUCGUGGUUUUUGGACGACAAAUUUUGAGUGCCACUUGAAAUGGAAGCCCAACAGGCUGAAGAAGAGCGUCAACCGCUGAUGUUGAAUGUGGGCGGGUAUCAUGCAGGGAGCGGGCCGAAGCAGCGAGGUGGCUACAUGAGUCCUGGGCUUCAGGACCUACCGAAAUCUGAUCCUAUGCAACAGACCAUGGAAUGGAGUCAUGGUUAUGGGAUGGAUUCAGGAAUCCAGAGUGGUGCAACUACCCAGGCACCAUCCGUCAGUAGUAAGAGUCUGCACGAUGAAGAUGAUCAGAACAUGUAUCCAGAUUGGGACCAGAGCUAUAAUUACACCCAAGAACAAGUUGAUGAAAUGAACCAACAGUUGAACCAGACACGUUCUCAGAGAGUCCGUGCUGCAAUGUACCCAGAGACAUUGGAAGAAGGAACUCAGAUCCCAUCAACCCAGUUUGACCCCCAGCACCCAACAGCUGUACAGAGAUUGGCUGAGCCAUCUCAGAUGUUGAAGCAUGCUGUUGUGAACCUGAUCAACUACCAGGAUGAUGCAGAUCUUGCCACAAGGGCCAUUCCAGAAUUGACAAAGCUCCUCAAUGAUGAAGACCAGGUGGUUGUUGGCCAAGCAGCUUUGAUGGUUCACCAGCUCUCCAAGAAGGAGGCUAGCAGGCACGCUAUCAUGAACUCCCCACAUAUCGUUGCUGCUUUGGUUCGAGCCAUGGCUAACAGCAACGAUGCAGAGGUGACCAAAUGUGUAGCAGGUACUCUACACAACUUGUCACACCACAGAGCUGGACUCUUAACCAUCUGGAAAAGUGGAGGAAUUCCUUUGUUGAUCAAACUCCUAAGCUCUCCCAUCGAGUCUGUACUAUUUUAUGCCAUUACCACCCUCCAUAACUUACUUCUUCAUCAAGAGGGAGCAAAAAUGGCAGUACGUCUUGCUGGCGGUAUACAGAAGAUGGUGGCGCUCCUUGAUAAAGAGAAUGUCAAAUUCCUUGCCAUCACAACUGACUGUCUGCAAAUCCUUGCAUAUGGCAAUCAAGAAAGCAAGUUGAUAAUUUUGGCAAGCUCUGGUCCAGCUCAGCUUGUAAAUAUCAUGCGUACAUAUACCUACGAAAAACUUCUAUGGACAACCAGCCGGGUACUCAAGGUCUUGUCAGUCUGUCCUAAUAACAAGCCAGCCAUUUGUGAAGCAGGUGGUAUCCAAGCACUUGGGAUGCAUUUGGGGCAUCAAAGCAACAGACUUGUUCAGAAUUGCCUGUGGACCCUCAGAAACUUGUCAGAUGCAAAUGUCAAAGUAGAUGAUAUGGAGGGUGUAAUGCAGAUGCUAGUACAGCUACUGUCCUCCAACGACAUCAAUGUAGUCACAUGUGCUGCCGGCAUCCUCUCCAACUUGACAUGUAACAGUCCACGUUCCAAGAUGAUAGUCUGUCAGAUAGGUGGCAUUGAAGCUCUUGUUGGCACCAUCCUCCAAGCUCGCGACAGAGAAGAUAUUACAGAACCAGCUAUUUGUGCUUUACGCCAUUUGACAAGCAGACAUCCAGAAUCAGAAAUGGCGCAGAAUGCUGUACGUCUUCAUUACGGUUUGCCAGCCGUCGUAAAACUCCUACACCCACCAUCUCGCUGGCCUCUUAUCAAGGCAACAGUUGGCCUUAUUCGCAAUCUAGCCCUUUGUCCUGCUAAUCAUGCACCCCUCAGAGAGCAUGGCGCACUUCCACGUCUCGUGCAGUUGUUGAUGCGUGCUCACCAAGACACGCAGAGAAGAACAUCCAUGGGCAGUAAUGGCAGCCAAACACAAAGCCGCGUUGAUGGAGUACGUAUGGAAGAGAUCGUAGAAGGCUCUGUUGGGGCUCUGCACAUCCUGGCUCGCGAGACCCAUAACCGUGCCAUCAUCCGUGGACUCAAUAGCAUUCCUCUAUUUGUUCAGCUGCUCUACUCUAGUGUGGAGAACAUUCAGCGUGUUGCGGCUGGGGUCCUUUGUGAGCUGGCUCAGGAUAAGGAAGGCUCAGAGAUUAUUGAGCAGGAAGGGGCAACCGCUCCUCUCACUGAACUCCUGCAUUCAAGCAAUGAAGGAGUCUCCACCUACGCAGCUGCUGUGUUGUUCAGGAUGGCCGAGGACAAACCAGCAGACUAUAAAAACAGGAUCUCCGUCGAGUUGUCGACUUCCUGCUUCAGUCGACCACAAUGGCCAGAUAAUGAGUUUGUAGACCCACAGUUACUCGGACAUGAUCAACCCAACAUGUACUCCCAUCACAGCAGUCGGAGCAGUCUCCCCCAGCAAGACUUCAGACAGCAACCAGAUCAUUCCCCAUUUGGGAACAACCCCAUGACCCCCGGAUCCAUUGAACCCAUGAUGCAGGACCUUGACCUUGGACCCGGACUUGAUUACGAUGGAAACUCCGAUAUAGGAGCAUCUUCAGCCCUCGAUGACGUGAACCCCUCUGACCGAUCUGGAUUAGUCUUCUAUGAUACAGACCUGUAGAACAUUAAAAUACUGAUUUCCAUUCUAUCACUCCAACGUAAAUUUUUGAUGUAUAUUGACAUGAAAGAGCUAAGAUUUGUAAGAGGCAUAGUGAGAGCGGUCAGUGGCGACUUCCUCUCUGUAUUGUGUAAAGGUAAAAAAAACCCCUCAUUUUAUCUACAAAUUAUGUAUCUCCAAAUAUAGAAUUUUUCAAGAAACCGCCGCAUCACUGUUCAAGACAAAAUAUUUGUUAAUUAGCAAUGCAUAUGUAACCAUAUUCCUUGUUAGCCAUAGUUUUAAUUAUUUGAUCUGAUACAUAUUAGUCAGCGAAGUUGGUGUGAAGCCAGUUUAAAAUAUAUAUCAUUGAAAGCCAAUUUGUAUCAUGUAUAGCAGUGCCAAAUUUUAUUGUCUUGAAAUGUGGGUAAUCCCAAUUAUAAUUAAUAUCAUGUACGGACAAUUUUAUGUUUAUUUUGUUUGUUUUGUGAUCUUAUUAUAAAGCAUGUUAAAAAUUGCUUGGAGUUUCCUU